AUGGCUGAUGCAGCAACCGAAUCUGCUCCAGCACAGGCGGAAACACCCGCACCUCCCGCUGAAAGUGCUCAGCCUCCAGUAGAAUCGAUGGAGACCGGUGAAGCACCGGCGGCUCCGGCUGGUACUGCUACAACCGAGUGUAUCCGGUCAGUGAUGACAAUUCAGGAGGCUGCACCCGCUGCUCCGGCUCCCGCAGCUGCGCCAGCUCAAACGACGCAAGCUGCACCUCCUGCAGCCAGUGCACCCGCUCCAGCGGCUCCUGCUCCAACAACAGCCCCUGCAGCUUCAACUCAGCCUCGAUCCGCUCCUGCUAUCCCCACUCGACAGUAUCUCGACCAAACUGUGGUGCCAAUUCUGUUGCAGGUAUCAGUUGUGAGCUUUUUUGCUCUUUAA